CUGCUCAAAACAGCUCCGGAGAGAAGCAGAGCUCAGCCCUCACUCCCAGAACUUGGAGAGGCAGAAACACGACUCAUCCCCUGCGAUGGUCCUCCAGCGUGUGCGGGAGGCGAGCUCGUGAGCAGCGUGGUUCACUCAGAUGGCGUGCAUGCAACAGAAAAGAGCAGACUGGUAGCCAUACAGGAGCCAUUCCCAGGAGAGCUGAGCGAGGAUGUGGAGGCUGCCAGUGAGACCACCACAGACCAGGAGGACCAAACCAAAGACAGAGAAAGUGGGGGGGAGAAGGAUCUCACCAAAGGGACAGCUUUGUCCAGCCAUUCGGAACGGCACCAGUCGGAUUCACCUAUUCCUUCCAAAAGGCCCUCUUCACGCUCAGAGACCUCAGAGAGUCCACUUUCCUCUAAGCGUCCCAGGACAGCUGAAAAAGGGGCUGGAGAGCAGAUGUACCAGUGCCCCUACUGCAAGUUCACCAACACGGACCUGAACCGCCUGAGAAUGCACGUGAUGACGCAGCACUCUGUUCAGCCGAUGCUGCGCUGCCCUCUGUGCCAGGACAUGCUCAACAACAAGAUCCAUCUGCAGUUCCACCUCACACACCUUCAUAGUGUGGCACCCGACUGCGUUGACAAGCUCAUCGCAACUGUAACAGCAACAGAGGUAUUACCAGCAAGUAUGUUUAUACCAGUGCCAAGUCCAGAGUCCAGAGAGUCCCAGAGCACCCCGCUUGCCACGGCCAACUCUAACUUUGAAGAUACAAAGAAGCAAGCCGAUGCAUCCGAUGCUGAUCCAGAGAAAGGGGCGGCCCUCCCCACAGACAUAGCUGAAGCUCGCAAGUCACCACUGGAGGAACAGCAGUCAGAAAAAGAUGAUGCCACUGGAUUUCUGUGCUGGAAGAAAGGCUGUAAUCAAGUUUUCAAAUCCUCUAACUCUCUCCAAAUGCACUUCAAUGAAGUUCACAACAAAAGGCCCCAGUUGCCUGUUUCAGAUCGCCAUGUCUACAAAUACAGGUGUAACCAGUGCAGCCUGGCCUUCAAGACAGUGGAAAAGUUGCAGCUCCAUUCACAGUACCACGUGAUCAGGGCAGCUACCAUGUGCUGCCUCUGUCAGCGGAGCUUCAGAACACUACAAGCCCUGAAGAAGCAUCUGGAAACUAGCCACUUGGAGCUGAGUGAGGCUGAUAUCCAGCAGCUUUAUGGGGGAUUAUUGAUGAAUGGGGAUAUUAUGGUAAUGGGUGAUCCAACUCUUGGUGAGGAGCAUGGCAGUCUGGGAGAAGACGACAAAGAAGGAGAUGACAGUGACCCAGAGGAAAAACAAAGUCCAACAGGCAGCGAUUCCGGCUCACUGCAGGAAGAUUCUGGAGCUGAACCUAAACGUGCUUUGCCAUUCCGAAAGGGCCCCAACUUUACAAUGGAAAAGUUCUUGGAUCCGUCUCGACCUUUCAAGUGUACUGUAUGCAAAGAGUCUUUUACACAAAAGAACAUUCUUCUGGUUCACUAUAACUCUGUCUCCCAUCUGCACAAGGUGAAGAGGGCACUUCAGGAGUCUACGACCGGCCAGCCUGAGCCUACCAGCAGCCCUGACAACAAGCCAUUCAAGUGUAGCACUUGUAAUGUGGCAUAUAGCCAAAGUUCUACUCUAGAAAUACACAUGCGCUCUGUCCUACACCAGACCAAAGCUAGGGCGGCCAAACUUGAGGCAGCAGGAGGAAUUACAAGCUCUGCAAGUGCUACUGGUAGUGUAGGCUCCAGUAUGCGAACUUCAACAUCUAGUCCAAGCCCAGCCAGCAACACAGCUACUAGCUCUGCCAACCACAGUUCAUCUAGCUCUCAGUCAGCUCAGAGUAUUCUUAGAGGAAACCACAUGAAUCAGUCGUCUGGCACUGAAAGUUUGGGUAAUUCUUCGGCAAGUUGCCAUUCCUCACCAUCCGAUAACCAUGAGGCAAAAAAGUCUAAAUUUGCAGAGAUUCUCUCCGCUAGGGGACAACAACAGCAGCAGCAGCUCCAGCAGCAGCAGCAGUUGGCUCAGGCUCAAGCCCAAGCUCAAGCCCAGCUUCAGCAAGAGCUUCAGCAGCAGGCUGCUCUUUUACAAUCACAGCUAUUCAAUCCAGCACUUCUGCAGCACUUCCCGAUGACAACUGAUGCACUUUUACCCCUGCAACAGCAGCAGUUGCUUUUCCCAUUCUACAUCCCUGGAGCCGAAUUUCAGUUGAACCCAGAGAUCAACCUCAGCAGCGCAGCACUUGGCCUACCUGGAUCCUCAACCUCCUCUCUGUUGGAAGACCUUAAAAACUCUGCCCAGCAGAGUUGCUUGCAGCAGCAGUUGAUGCACCACCAUCUUCAACAGCAGCACCAACAGCAGCAGCAGCAGCAGCAACAGUCUCACUCACAGGCUCAAAGCCAAAUGGCACUUCUGCAGCAGAGUGCAUCUCUCCUCCAGCAAGCUGAAAAAAAGCAGAAACUGUCUCAGAACGACAAGGAUAGAGAGAUGCAAAAGGAAAAGGAUGCAGCUGAAAAAAAUGAGGAUUACGUAAACAAAGAUUCUGCUGACAUCAAACCAAAAGAAAAGAAGGAUAUUCAGCAUAUUUCGAUAAACAUUAGCCAAGACAGUGGUUUGCCUCCACCCAGGAUAGCUUCAGAUGCUCGAGGAAAUGCAACUAAAGCCUUGCUGGAAAAUUUUGGAUUUGAGUUAGUAAUUCAGUACAAUGAAAAUAAACAGAAAGCUCAGAAAAAGACAGCUGGAAGUACUGGAUCAACUGGUGCAGGUGGAAUAGCGAGGGUGGUGGAUCCCAUUGAGGGAUUAGAAAAACUGGAAUGUGAAGCCUGUGGCAAGUUGUUUUCAAACAUACUGAUUCUAAAGAGUCACCAGGAGCAUAUCCACCAGGCCUUCUUUCCAUUCCGAUCCCUCGAGAGAUUUGCAAAGGAAUACAGAGAGCAUUACGAUAAACUGUAUCCACUGAGACCCCCGACACCAGAGGCUGCUGCAGCUCCUCCACCACCUCCUCCCCCGCCUCCACCCCCUCCACCACCCCAAAGAGCUCCGACACCAAAUAUUCCAGUCUCUGCUGCUUCGCUUACACCCCCAACUGUACCUACCCCACAGCCGCCAGUUACUAUGACGCAAAUACCCAUGCCAAUGGAUUUGCCCCUCUUCUCGCCGCUUAUGAUGCAGCCCAUGUCUCUACAGUCCUUACCAAAUCAGCUGCCUCCUCAGAUGUCAUCUGUUGAGCCAAGCCUAGCGUCAGACCUGGCCCAGCUCUAUCAACAACAGCUUACGCCAGCCAUGCUACAGCAACAGCAGAACAAGAGACCACGGACACGCAUCACAGACGAUCAGCUGAGGGUCCUGCGGCAAUACUUUGAUAUCAACAAUUCACCAAAUGAGGAACAGAUCAAAGAGAUGGCUGACAAGUCUGGUCUGCCACAAAAGGUGAUAAAGCACUGGUUCAGAAACACCCUGUUCAAGGAAAGGCAGCGCAACAAAGACUCGCCUUACAACUUCAAUAAUCCCCCCACGACUACUCUGGAGGACGUAAAGAUAGAUUCAAAACCUCCUUCCCCUGAACCUCAAAAGCAAGAAUUCUAUGGAAGCAAGAGGUCCUCCAGGACCAGGUUUACAGACUACCAGCUGAGAGUCUUACAGGACUUCUUUGAUGCCAAUGCUUAUCCUAAAGAUGAUGAAUUUGAGCAGCUCUCCAACCUUUUGAGCCUUCCCACUCGUGUCAUUGUUGUAUGGUUCCAAAACGCCCGCCAGAAGGCAAGAAAGAAUUAUGAAAAUCAAGGCGAGGGAGGGAAAGAUGGUGAGAGAAGAGAACUGUCAAAUGACCGAUAUAUUCGCACAUCAAAUCUGAACUACCAGUGCAAGAAAUGUAGUCUGGUAUUUCAGCGGAUUUUUGAUCUAAUAAAACACCAAAAGAAGCUGUGUUACAAAGAUGAAGAUGAGGACGGGCAAUAUGACAGCCAAAAUGAGGAUUCACUGGAUCUUUCUCACGAUUGUUACACUCCCUCUGGGUCUUCCUGUCACACACCAAUGCCCUCCUCCUCCAGUCUCUGCCCACUUCCACCCUCCUCUUCAGCAUUUGCACACCUCUCAGCUAAUGAGAAAGAGGAAGCGUCACCAGCAACCACCUCAAACGUCUACAAUGAGAAGCCCAAGCAAUUACCAGACAUGUCUGCUGAUCCACGAGAGAACCAAACUUCAAUUAAGCAGGAGAUUGUGCACCAAGCCCAAUCUGAGACGCAACAUCAUAGAUCACAGAGAGAGGAAAAGGUCCAAAACGUCUCUAAGCCCAUCAAACUUUCGUCUCCCUCCUUCUCUCAGCAACAGCAACAGUGUGGUCCCUCAGCCUCUCAGACAAGCCAAGCCUCAUCACAAAGCUCUCACAUGGGCCUAAAUCCACACCUGACCUCUGCCACACAGCAGCUAGCACAACAAAUGAUCCCAUACCAGUGUGAGCAGUGCAAGAUAGCAUUCCCCUCUUUUGAGCACUGGCAGGAACACCAGCAAUUACACUUCCUCUCUGUGCAAAAUCAGUUCAUUCACCCACAAUUCCUUGAUCGUCCAAUUGACAUGCCGUUCAUGCUGUUCGAUCCCAGCAAUCCUCUCCUGGCAAGCCAGCUUCUCUCUGGAGCAAUGCCACAGAUUCCCAGCAGCUCUGCCACUUCUCCAUCCACCCCGACCUCCACCAUGAAUUCCCUGAAGAGGAAGCUGGAGGAAAAAGCUAAUACAAGCCCAGGAGAGAAUGACAGCACCAAUAGCGGAGAGGAGCCUCAGAGAGACAAGCGUCUCAGGACCACCAUCACACCUGAGCAGCUAGAGAUCCUUUAUCAGAAGUAUUUGUUAGAUUCAAAUCCCACUCGUAAAAUGCUCGACCACAUUGCUCAUGAGGUGGGAUUAAAGAAGAGAGUCGUGCAAGUCUGGUUUCAGAAUACUAGAGCUAGAGAGAGAAAAGGACAGUUUAGGGCAGUCGGGCCAGCUCAAGCUCAUCGUAGGUGCCCUUUUUGUCGAGCUCUUUUUAAAGCGAAAACCGCACUUGAGGCUCACAUUCGGUCUCGUCACUGGCAUGAAGCCAAACGUGCUGGGUAUAAUCUGACCCUCACUGGUAUGUUACCUGAGCAGGAGAGCAUGCAAAUGAAAAUGGAUGCUCUGGAUACAUCGGGUUACUCCCACCUAGCCCCUUCAACAAACAGCGACGGGCAGAGCUCCUCCAUGUCACCUGUGAACAAAAGUAUGGAUUUGUCUCCCAGGGGUCUACUGAGCCCCUCAUCUAUCAAGGUUGAAGGAAUGGAAGAUUUUGAGGGUGCAACCAUGUCGUCCGUGAACCUCAGCUAUGAUCCGAACAAGUUGGAUAAUGACGACUGCUCCUCUGUGAAUACGGCCAUCACAGACACAACAACAGGUGAUGAGGCCAAUGCUGAUAAUGACAGUGCUGAUGCAAAGCACAGCCAGCAUAGUGGUGAUUACCUGUCUAAGUCUGGAGGCACAGCUCCCCUCCUUGAAAAUGAUGACCAAAUGUCCUCGGGGCUUGUAAGUCCUGCAACAAGCUAUUAUGCUAAAGACUAUGAAAAUGAACAUAUGAUUGACCACAGUGAGACAUCUAGCCUUGCAGACCCUUGUUCACCGAGCCCUGGAGCCUCAGGUACCAGAAGCAUCGACAGUGGGGACCGGCCUGGCCAAAAACGCUUCCGAACUCAAAUGACGAACCUCCAGCUGAAAGUGUUGAAAUCUUGUUUUAAUGACUACAGGACGCCCACUAUGCUGGAAUGUGAGGUACUUGGAAAUGAUAUUGGACUUCCAAAGAGAGUGGUUCAGGUGUGGUUCCAAAAUGCCCGUGCCAAGGAAAAAAAGGCUAAGCUCAACAUGGCAAAGCACUUCGGUAUAAAUCAGACAUCUUAUGAGGGGCCGAAGACAGAAUGCACAUUGUGUGGGGUCAAGUAUAGUGCUCGCCUCUCUGUUCGCGAUCACAUAUUCUCCCAGCAACACAUCUCUAAGGUGAAGGAUACCAUCGGUAGCCAGAUCGAUAAGGAAAAAGAAUACUUCGACCCAGCUACUGUUCGCCAACUCAUGGCCCAGCAAGAGAUGGACCGUAUCAAGAAGGCCAAUGAAGUGCUGGGACUGGCACAGCAGCAGGCCAUGCAACAGCAAGGGAUGUUCGAUAACCCUGCAAUGCAGGCUCUGAAUCUCCAGUCGGCCUAUCCAAAUCUACAGGGCAUCCCACCUGUGCUAUUGCCAGGAGUUGGAAGCCCCUCUCUUUCCAGCUUUAACUCGUCUAAUUCAGCUUUAACUCCUCCCAAACCUUCAAACCUCCUGAACAUGCCUGGUGCCAGUGUACCCUCACCAAGCCUGCCCACGUCUGGAUUGCCCAACAAGCCUCCCUCCUCAUCAUCGCUUGCCGCAUCCAGCCCAGCUCAGACAAACACAUCUACUUCCCACUCAAGCCCCACCCCUACAUCAUCCUCCAGUUCCUCAACCACCCAGUCUGGCUCACGACCUGAACCCCCCAAAGAGCGUGAUACUGAUAGGGGAAAAGAGAAGGAAAAGGAGACGGCCAGGGAAAAGGCGGAGAAGCCCUCAACCCCAUCUUCAACUGGAGGCACCCCGGCACCUUCCACCUCGGCUGCCAGCGCGAAAAAGGAGAAACCGGACACAGCUGUCCCCGCCACCUCUAUGCCUACACCCGGCAUGGAGUAUGUGGUAGAUCCUGCCCAGCUCCAGGCUCUGCAGGCUGCUCUGGCAUCAGACCCCACAGCUCUCCUCACAAACCAAUUUCUACCCUACUUCAUGCCCGGCUUUUCCCCUUAUUACACCCCACAGAUCCCUGGGGCCCUCCAAGGGGGCUAUCUUCAACCUAUGUAUGGUAUGGAAAGCCUCUUCCCUUAUAACCCAGCAUUGUCACAAGCACUGAUGGGCCUGUCCCCAGGGUCCCUACUGCAGCAUUACCAGCAAUAUCAGCAGAGCUUGCAGGAGGCACUACAGCAGCAGCAGCGGCAGCUUCAGCAGAUCCAGCAACCCAAGGCGAGCCAAACUCCAGUCCCCCCUCAAACCUUGGGCAAAGACUCUGCCAAAGAUUCAGUUAAAAAAGAGGAGCAAAAGGGCAACCCCCAUUGCGACCCCCCCACUCCCACCUCCUCCUCCACGACCUCCUCUUCCUCUCAUAAUAAAGUUCCCCCCGAGCAGAACGAGAUGGAUGGCAAAGUUGUAGAUUCCCACCUAGACCAGUAUAUCGUCCCCAAAGUGCAGUAUAAACUGGCAUGCCGCAAGUGUCAGGCUGUUUUCACCAAGGAAGAAGCGGCUAUUACCCACCUUAAAUCUAACUGUUUUUUCGGUCAGUCUGUGGCAAACCUGCAAGAGAUGUUGCUGCGUGUCCCCAGUGGUGUAGGUGUGGGGGCCGGAAGUCUCUAUGACUGCCUGGCCUGUGACACCACGUUGGAUGGGGAGAAAGCACUCAGUCAACACCUGGAAUCGGCAUUGCACAAACACAGAACAAUCAAGCGAUCCGUCAGAAAUGCCAAAGAGCACGAUACUAGUUUAUUACCUCACUCUUCAGCCUGCUUCCCCAAUCCUAACACCGCAUCUACCUCGCAGUCUGCCACUCAUCCCAUCAGCAGCCCCCCGCCCCUGCCAACAACAUCAGCCACCAUGCCAUCCUCUGCUGUGUCCUCUUCCCUGUGCUCCUCCUCUGUGGCCCCACUCAGUACCACAGCUGCCGGCAAACCCUGGCCCCAGGCCCCUUUCUCUAGAGCUUUAGCUGGGAAGCCCAACGCUAGUCCCUCCUCCUCUUCCUCUUUUCCUCCAGUGUCCUCACUUUCAACGGUUACCUCAAGUUCAUUGAGCACCUCAGGAGUUCAGACCUCGAUACCAACAGACGUCUUUACCGACGAGUCUGAUUCUGACAGCAGUCAGAAGUCAGCGGACAGGCUCGGCAGGACGGCAGAGGAGCCGCGGCAGCCUGGUUUUGUCAAAGACAGUAAUAGUUGUAGUAGUAACCUUGCUAGUGUAGGAACGGACUCCAUCAGAUUGUAA